AUGUGCUAAGCUGCUUGUAAACAACGAGUGCCUUUGUUAAAUUGUCGGGUGUUCGUGAGCCUUUGAAGAUUGCUGGGCUCCACAUUUCAGCGUUUAGCUGAGUACAUCGUCUCCAAGACCUUUCACCAAGCAUCCAUCAGCAAGGAGUUCAAGCUAAGCAAGACAUUACCCCGUUCCAGAGGCUGAGCAAAUCACAUGCCUACGCUGUAACUAAUUAUUUCUAUUGGCUGAUUGGUUUUUAAUGCAUCUGUUUUACAGGUAAACAGAUUUAUCUUAGGAAGGCAUAGAUAAUAAUGAUGCUGGGGUUUUUUUAUUCAUUGCCCUCCAUCGGAGACUGAAGGGCUGGAUGCUGAAAUAGGUGUCACUUAGCUGUGCAGUCCCUUGAUUUUUGUACCUAGGCAGAAUGAGCAUCUGGGAUUGCUGGCCAAGAUUGGGAAAGCCUGAAAAACUUGUGGAGCCUUCUAAAAGACUCCAUAAAUGGAUAACAUUAACUGUGUGUUAAUUUAUCCAAUUCCAGCUCCUUGUGAACCUCCCCUUUAUAAAACAGAAUGUUUUGUAAUUGCCAGAUUCCCUGGAAAAGCAAAUUUCUGGUGCAAGGAGCCCACAGCAUGGAUCUCACACGCAGACAACACAGGAGCAUCAGCCAUUUGUGAUGUCCCACUCACCUCCCUGAUCCCAGGUGCAAAUCUGAUCAUGGAGAUCUUGCCAAGCCAUGGAUCAAGGAGACCCAAAAAUCAGUGCUUGACCCAAAGUGCUUAAGAUUGAAGUCCCAGAAGGGUAGAUGGAAGCACAGGAGACAGAAAAGCUCUGCUCACUGGUAUAAUUUAGAUACAACCAGGGGAUAGCAAUAAGGGAAUGGAUCCUCGAUAGCCUUUUCAGGGUUACAAAUUAUGGAAAGGGAAGAGCUUCCACGUUAAAAUUCUUAGAGGGAGAUGUCAUGUAUGUGUAUGGUAAAGCCAUGGGCACAGAGCAUUUUCUUGGUGAUGUCCUCAUCCACACCACUCCUGCAUGUGUUUUAAACUUGUUUUUGAAGAAAUGUUGGUCUUAAAACCAAAAAUCUAUUGCUAGAGGUACUCAAGAGUGGCAGUGGCUGCUUCAAUCUAUCAUGGCCAGGGUGAACCCAGGUGCAAGUGUGGCUCUCCCAUUCCUGGACUUUUCUGCUUUGGAAAGACCCUUCUUUUUCUUUCCACCACUGCCAAAAAAAGAAAAAAAAAAGAAAAAAAAAAAAAAAAAAAAAAAAAAAAAAAAAAAAGAAAAGGUGAGGGGGUUGUUUGGCUUUCAGUGUAAAUUUUACCAGGGCCAGGUUUUCCUGCCUGCCCUCCCAGGGCUGGGGAAAAGUAAGACCUUUACCUGCUGCUCACUGCCGGGCAGGGGGCACCACGAAGGAAGCAGGACCCAGCCGUCUGGCGGCGGCUUUUUUCGGCUGGAUUUGGGCUCGCCUGCCGGGCUGGGGUUGCAGCUGGCUGGCCUGAUCUCCCUCCCUCCCACCGGCUCUCACUGGGAGCAGAACAUGCCUUCUCCUGCUGAUUUCUGCUUGCCAUAUUGAUUGCAGCAGGGUAUAAUGGAGACAAGUCAGGCAGAAAGCCAGCCACCCUUGGGAAUGAUUAAAGAGCGAGCAGAAAAGGACAGAAGUGAAGAAAAACAGGCUGACACUUAGGACGUGGUGGAUUUGGAGCAAAUUAUGCCCUUUUCCCCACCUCACCCCCGCGAGGUGCCCGGGACGGUUCAGCGGCGCCUCUAUUUCAGCUCUGCCCAAAAGAAGCAUCAUAUCGACCCCCGUGAACGCGGGGAACAAAAUCCCCAGAACGUGUACAAUAUCCCUAUUGUGCAUGGAUUUGCAGCCUGAUUAUUCAGAGCAUAGCCAAGGAAAGGUAAGGCUAUGACCCAUUGUUUUCCUGCGAUCAAUUGAAUACUGUCAUUUGCAUUUAAAACGCUCUAAAUUCGCACUGUCAAUAUGCCAAACAGCUGCUCGAGCUUUUCAGCAUUCCAUGGUGACAAUCACACUAUCAUACAUCAUUGGCACCAGGAUUUGCAAUACUCUCAGUGUCAAAAUUUUGUGGGUUUUUUUAAGAGGAAAAAAAAAAUCCUCCCCUCCCCCCAAAAUACCCAAACCUGUGAAAAAUCCACUUUUAAAAUGAUGGCGUUGGAUGCUGCUAAGCAGGCCUUCACAGAUGCCAACAUAUCAAAAUUCAUCUCUUUUCUUCCUCUCCUACAAUUAAAAGGUAGUUAAGAAAGAGGCUGUUCCUGAUAGACCCACCUUCUGUUUUCUCCUUUGUAUGCGUAUUAUUCAUUAGCAGUCUAAUAAGAGUUUCAAAAUGCUCUGUGCCUCUGCCAGCAGGGCAUAUGUAUGUAGACAUGUGCUUGUGACAGAUAAGUACAUAAACAGCAUAUUGGCACCAGAAAGACAUCUGUGCCUAGAAAAACGCUUGUGAUAUGUACAUAAAUGACAUUUUAGCUCUAGUCAAGUCCUUGUGGCUUUGAGAGGAAUAUGUGACUGUACUCUUCUCUGUGAAUACUGAAAAGGUGCGCCUUCGACGGGAGAGUUUUCCGGAGGUUUACGGGGAGCCGGAGGAUGCGGAGCUGCAGCCCAGGUUGCGGCAGACGGAGGCAGAGCCGUGCCAGGGGAGGGUGGGCGCUGCCUCUGGCGCUGCCGCGGGCGCGGCCCCGGGGGGAGCACCCGGCACCCCCAAAUCUGACUCGGUUCAUGAAGACUCACAUGGGCUGGACCAUGGAACAGCAGCUGCACCUGUGUGAAAACCUUCAGGGACGUGGCAUUAAGACACAUAUCGGGGUGGUCGCUGCCGUUCAAGAGCUUGCCUGUGGUGAAAAUGGCCUCACUUCCUUGGGUCUGACAUGAGGAGAGAGACAGCAAAAUACUCCUUGCUGGAAAUCAGGAUGGGUCCUUGGACUUCUCUGGAGCCUGUUUGUUGACGUGACCUGAGCACACAUCUCCCCAGGUGGGUGGGAGUCUCACACCUCCAAUGUGAUGGAUGGAACAACAGUGGUGGAUGAGCUGUUACUUGCCUGAAAAAAAAGUGUUUUGGGGGAAAAUUGUCUCCAGUCAUUCUCAUUUUGCAUGUGAUUUUUCCUACAUAUGUUUCUAAUCAUUAAGAAAUUCUGUAGCUUAAAUAAUGCUCUGAAAGUACGGUAACUGUUGGACUACAUUCUGUUGUAACCUUAUUGAAUUUCGCUUCUCUGGAAAAAAUAAUGGGAUACUAUAUCUUGAAAAACAAAUGGUAAUUGCAUUUUUAACAGAAUGUUUCUCUUUGUGUUUCAAAACCUUCUGCACACAGUUAGACAUCUAGCCAGGGAAGAAGGUACAAAGCAUAUGGGCCAAUUUCUGUCUCUUGGCUGUUCAAGAUGCCUUAAUAUUCAGGCAGUGAUGUGUGUGUGUCCGUGCAAUAUGGCACAAUUUAUCUACGUGGUAUCCUCGAGCUCAGGUGAGGUGGUGAGAAGCUGUGUACUGGGGUCAGGGGAGGUAUUUGAGGAGAAACUGGGGGAAGGUGGGUCUACAUCCUGUUCCCUACUAGAUGUGUGAGGAUGUGCACCUCUUAUGAAUUCAAAUUGAUUUUAUUUGAUCUGCAGAAGACCAAUGUUCCAGCAUUCAUGGUGCUGACCUCAGGAACAGCUUCAUGCUACAGGUGACCAGGAUCUUACAGAUAAGGAUGUUUCAACACUGCAGAGAUUGGAGUUGUCCAACAACCUUGGCACUGUCCAUGUGCCACGGUGACGUGACUUCCUCAGAGCUUUGGGGAUUUGCACGUGUGAGAACUGGGUUGAUUAAAGCCUGGGACCCGAAACAGCUUCACCACAGUUUGAUAACAUGCUGGUGUUACUGUCUGCCAAGGUUAGGAGAGCCCUGGUAAUACUGGAAGGCUCUUCUCUAAUUCUUUGUAAAUCUGGCAUGUGAAGAACUUUGUGAGGGGAUACAUUUGGACAUGUGAAGCUUCAAGGCAAAGGAAUAGACUUGAGGUUUCUGACUGACAAGACACAUGUGAGUACAUGCAAAAUGUGCUCCUCCUGCUAAAAAUAACAUUUCUCCUGUCAACCACGAUGCACCCACCCCCACAACACCACCCAGAAGAACACAUUAACACCUUGGCUUUGCACGUAGCCCGAUUCACAGCAGCCACAAGUGGUGGAGGGAUCUGCACUCUGUGCAUGCUGACAAAUCAUAUGGCACAGCGAGGAACAGAGGAGUGAAACUGGGCUAGCAGAAGUUGACGCCUUAUCAUCACAGUCCCUCUGAGCAUGCUGUAGGCUGACACCUCCACCAACCGAGUCAUCUCCCCGGCGCCAGGAUGAGGAGCACGAGCCUGCUAUCCUGAUUUAGCCUCUGGUAAGCCAGGCUUGGCUUGCCACACCAGGAAGGCUGGAAGAGGUGCACGGAUGCAAAUGGUGCAGGAGCACCGUGGGUGCGCCGGCAAGAGGAGAAGCAAAGCACAUCCAACCACUGCUGCUCACAGCUGUGCUAUGGGGACAUGUGAAAUGUGCUUUAGACACAAGGGAUGUGAGAUGUUUCUUCCAUUGCUUCUCCCCGUUUGCUGUCUAAUCCCAGCUUGGAACAUGUAAAUAAUGUUUCAAACCAAGAAGGGUUGGGCUGCAGAUAACUAUUGCCCCUAAAAAAGACUCCUGCCAUAGCCAAGGUGAGGUCUGUCAGCCUGUGUGUGCUUCUAAGAUAAUGAAAAACACGGACAGCAAAGCUUUUUAAAAUGGUGAACGACUAGAGGAUACCAGAUUUUUUUCCCAAUUAUUGUUUCCUAUGAAAAGCUACACUUUUUUCCUUAAAAGUUAAAGCUUUCUUUAAACCUGAAGACACCCUACUCAUGGCUGAAGGUUUGAACUAGAGAGUCUUUAAGUUCCUGUUCAACCCAAACCAUCAUAGGAUUCUAUGGCAGUAAAAGCUGACCAUCCUUCAGAAUUUCUCACAUCCUUGCUUACUCCUGUGUUAGCAAAUGUAACACCAGAAUCGAGUCCCUUCCUGGGAUGAAAACCUGCGAGUUCAUCAGCCAAGAUGGAGCUUCAGUUUUGGCCUGGUUUGGUGUCUGUCUUGAACAAGCUGAAUGGUUGGAUGCUCUUGGUGGUUCUGGUCGUGUCUCUUUUGAUUACUGACCUUGUGAAAAAGAGACGACCCAGGAAUUUCCCUCCAGGGCCGCAGCUCUUUCCUCUCGUGGGAACCUUUGUGGACUUUAAGCAGCCCCUCCAUCUCGCACUGCAGAAGCUAACGGGUCGCUAUGGGAACAUCUUCAGCGUGCAGUUUGGAAGUCUGACAUUCGUGGUGGUCAACGGGUACCAGAUGGUGAGAGAAGCUCUUGUCCACCAGGCUGAAGUGUUUGCUGAUCGGCCAAAUAUUCCACUCCUCCAAGAAAUAUUUAGAGGCUUUGGGCUCAUAUCAUCCAACGGGCACAUAUGGAGGCAGCAGAGAAAGUUUGCUUUAGCAACCCUGAAAAGCCUUGCUGUAAAUUUUGAGGAAAAAGUGCAAGAGGAGAGUCGGUACCUCGUGGAGACGAUUGAGGAGGAGAAAGGACAACCCUUUGACCCUCAUUACAAAAUUAACAGUGCUGUUUCAAACAUCAUCUGUUCCAUAACUUUUGGGAGCCGCUUUGACUACCAUGACAACCGUUUCCAGGAGCUGCUGCACUCCCUGGCCGAAACGCUGCUGCUCAUCGGAAGUUUCUGGGGCCAGCUUUAUAAUGCUUUUCCUUUGAUCAUGAGAUGGUUGCCAGGACCCUUCAGGAAAAUCUUCAGGCACUGGGAGAAGCUUCGGUAUUUUGUCAAAGGCGUGAUUGCAAAGCACAAGGAGGAAUUGGACCAGUCUGAGGCAGGAGAUUAUAUUGACUGUUACCUGAAGGAAAUAGAAAAGUUUAAGGGUGACCCCAGCUCCUAUUUCCAUGAGGAAAACCUGCUGUGCUCCACCUUGGACUUGUUCUUAACUGGGACUGAGACAACGGCGACCGCCAUCCGCUGGGCUCUGCUCUACAUGGCCGCGUACCCCCGCAUCCAGGAGAAAGUUCAGCAGGAGAUCGACGCCGUGGUCGGGCAGUGCCGGCAGCCCUCGAUGGCCGACAAGGAGAAGAUGCCCUACACCAGCGCCGUGCUGAGCGAGGUCCUGCGCGUGGGCAACGUGGUGCCCCUGGGGGUGCCCCGCAUGGCCACCAGCGACACCACCCUGGCCGGCUUCCACCUGCCCAAAGGCACCACCCUGAUGACCAGCCUGACUUCGAUAAUGUUUGACAAGAACGUGUGGGAGACUCCAGACACCUUUAAUCCUGAACAUUUCCUGGAAAACGGCCAGUACAGGAGGCGGGAGGCUUUUCUGCCCUUCUCUGCAGGCAAGAGGGCUUGUCCCGGGGAGCAGCUCGCCAGGACCGAGCUCUUCAUCUUCUUCGUAGCCCUGCUGCAGAAGUUCACCUUCCAGGCCCCGGCAGAGGCCGCGCUGUCCUUCGCCUUCACGCUCAGCCUCACUCGCUGCCCCAAACCCUUCCAGCUCUGCGCCGUGCCCCGCGACUGAGCCGGGCCUGCCGCUGCCGCACAGCCCUGCAGCCUCACAAACCGGGAAAUCCCCUUUCCCCACCACACCAGGGAUUCUGGGCUGGAAUGAUGGGCCCUGGAGGUCCAGCACCUGCCAGCACCUGGGUGGCAGGGGAAGGGCACAAGGGCCACGUCCUGCACACUGCAGCACAACCUUUGUGGCUCUGUGCCUCAUUCCUGCUCCCCGCUACCAGUCUGACAAAAUGCACGGAUGUAAGAGCCUUAUUACCCAAUCUCCACUGUCAGCAGGUCCCAGGAAGGUGUCUGCCAGCUGCAAACGCAUGGUUUGAUGUUGACUUUUCAUGUUGGGAAUGUGUCCAUCACCCAAAGAUGAUUUACCAACCCCUAAUGCUGUAGCACCCAAAUAGCCAAGGGCUCCUGAGGUGUCCCUGCUCAGAGGGAGCAGCUGGCCUUGGACACAAGCUCUGGACUCAUGAUUUGGCAUCAAUUUGGACUUUCAGGUGGCCACAGCCAGUCCUGAGCCUCAGGUGGGCUUGGGCUCAGUGUGGUGGACACUCCCUGCAGCACCACACUGGUGCUGUGUGAUGGAAACCACAGAAUCAAGGAAUAGUCUGGCUUGAAAGGGACCUUAAAGAUCAACCCCUCUGCCACGGGCAGGGACACCUUCCACGAAAUCAGGCUGCUCCAAGCCCCAUCCAACCUGGCCUUGGACACUUCCAGAGAUAAAAAAUAUCUAAGCAGAGAUUCUGCAGCAGCAGCAAGCAUUUUUUUGGAUCUCAAAGUAUAUGGAAAUUUCAAUUAGGAGGCUACAGGGGAGCAGAAGCAGCUUCUGCCAAAGUGGGAUGGCACAAGGAGCUGUGCUUCCAGCAGGUCUGGAAGGGCUAUAAAAAUAUGAUAGAGCAAUUUUAUAUUAGAAAA